UUACUGCAGUGUUGAUAUGUAGAUCGGUAUUUUGUCCAAUUUAUUUUCCAACGCGCGGGAAAAUGGCGGCAAAUGUAUACUUUUUUUUUUAUAGUAUAUCUAUGGCACCAAACAAAGUAAAGGUGCCAGUUUCCAGGUCAAAAAAAAAACAACAACAAUGCUUUUUUGGCGACAUUAUAGUACAGUUACACUUUGUAAACAAUGCUUUUAUAGGCCAUAGAGCGUACACUUUUUCAAAGAGUUUAAUUAUAAUAUUAAAGGUGCAGAUCCUUUAACAGUGCUCACGCAUCAUAGUUCAAAAGUAAACUCGGUGAAAUGGCUUCGAAAACCUGAUGGUACCUGCACGGAGCUUGUCUCCUGCUCAGCAGACAAAACUGCUGCAAUAUGGACCCUGGUGGAUGGUCAGUGGCGGGUAACUGGCACCAUGACUGGCCAUACAGAUGGGAUUACAUGUGUUCAUGGCAUUUAUUCCAGUGGAGAUAACAUUGUGGUCUACACAGGGUCUAUUGACUCUACUGUUCGUGUUUGGGAAAGAAUUAAUGGCAUAACUACCUUCAAGCAGACAAUAAACCUGAACAGUGGACUCUGUCUGACCCUGCAUUCACACCUGCUACCGAUGGUCAACAAACCCAUACUGUUUUGUGCCCUGGAUGACCAUAAGAUCCACAUUUUCACUGGUGAUGAGUACCACAGAGUACACACUUUGACAGGGCAUGAGGAUUGGGUGAGGGGAUUGGAUGUUUUGGAUGUGGAUGAAACAACAAUCCUGCUAGCAUCAGCAUCUCAAGACACGUAUAUCCGUCUCUGGAGGAUUCAAGUCCAUAAGGAUCAGGAGUCAGGUCCUGGUAUCAAGGUGGAAGAGAAAGUGUUUUCUGCUUAUGGGAAGCAGUGGGCAGUGAAACUUGAUGCGGUGCUGGCGGGACAUGAAGGAUGGGUGUACGGAGUUCAAUGGCAUCCUUAUGUUUAUGAUAAAGACACCAAUAAAAGGCUGCCAGUGUACCGCUUGCUAUCAUCUUCACUGGAUAAGACCGUCAUAAUAUGGGAACCCGACGCUCCAUCCCGCGGGGAAGGGGAGGGCGGUGACAGCGGGGGAGCGUGGGUGGAGCGCGUGCGCGUCGGGGAAGUGGGGGGGAACGGGCUGGGUUUCUAUGGUAGCCGGUUUGGACCCAGUGGGAAAUCGUUCCUUGGACACGGGUAUAACGGAUCAUUCCAUAUUUGGAGGUUAAAUCAGGAGACAAAGCAAUGGGAGCCGUCAGUAGUAUGCGGUGGGCACUUUAGCGCGGUGGAGGAUGUGAGGUGGGAGCCCGAGGGUCGAUACAUCAUGAGCGUCUCCGCUGACCAGACCACUAGGGUGCAUGCGCCGUGGAGGCGGGCUGACGGCCUUACAGAAUGGCACGAGCUAGCCCGGCCGCAGGUGCACGGCUACGAUAUGGCGUCGCUGGCGCUUGUUUCCGCGACAAUGUUUGUCUCCGCCGCUGAAGAGAAGGUGCUGCGCGUGUUCCGAGCACCGCACAACUUUGUGCACAACUUCAAGAAUGUCACUGGCGAGGUGUUGGUUGAGGGGGAGAAUGGGGGCCCCGAGGGAGCAUCGGUACCGUCACUUGGUUUGUCCAACAAAGCCGUGUUCAGCGGAGACGAGAGCAAGUCAGACUUGGAGGAUGACGACGGGUACUUCGUGCCUGUACAUUUGACAAAGCCCCCAACAGAAGAGACCCUAAUGCAGAACACUCUGUGGCCGGAGGUGCAGAAGCUGUACGGACACGGCUAUGAGGUGUACACACUAGACGCGAGCCCCGACGGCACCCUGGUUGCUUCCGCUUGCAAGGCCACUGCGCAAGAACACGCCGCGCCGCUUAUAUGGGAGACAUCAAACUGGCAACAAAUCCAAAAGCUAGUCUCCCAUCAGCUGACGGUAACACAGCUGGCGUUCUCGCCCGACAGCCAGAAGUUACUGUCAGUAUCGCGCGAUCGAAAGUGGACCUUGUACCAGAGGCGACAGGGCUCCAACUCAUUUGACAUUAUAGCACAUACAGAUAAGACGAAUGGUGUGCACAGUAGGAUCAUAUGGUGCUGCGCGUGGGCGCAUGAUGGAAGUAUGUUCGCCACUGGAUCUAGAGAUGGAAAGGUAUGUCUAUGGUCAACAGCAGAAUCUCGGCAACCCGCGUCGUCUCUAGGAGAUUAUGCGUUGUUCGGUACUCCGCUCGAGCUUCCGAACGCUUCGGUGACUGCGCUCGCGUUCGCUCCGCUCGCUCCGAACGACGCGAGGAUACUCGCCGUCGGCUUGGAAAGCGGAGUGGCAAAACUAUACAAGUUUGAUGUUGCUGGCUGGUGUCUCUUACACGAGAUGGAUAAUAGUGCGGCGCACCACCUCGCGGUGAAGCGGCUGGCCUUCAAACGGCAACCAGAGAACGAUAACGAAGUGUUACUAGCGAGCAGCGGCGCCGAUAACUUUGUUAGAAUUCACAGAAUUACUGUUACUUCCUAAAGGAAAUAUUCAAUUAUAUACGUUAUUUUAAUAA